GGGGAUUAUAUGGCGGGAAAGCGGGAAAACGCAGAUUCCCAGUAGGGGAUCACGUGCAAGAAAUCUGUGCUUUUCCAUUUUUCUAUUAAGUGAAGGAAUUCUGCACCUAGCGUGAUCGUGAAAGAAGGACUCCAAAGCACGUCAUAGAAAAAUCUAUGAAAGGAAUAUACGGUUUGUAUGUUUCUCUUGGAAAGUCGACUUAUAUGACAGGGCUUUUUAUAGAUUAUAUCAGCGUUUGCUGAAGAAUACGUGAGCAGAAAUUCUAAGCUCCGUGUGAACAGAAAUGAAAUAAACCCUCCAAAAUCGUGGUUUCACUGUAUCUAUUACAGCUCCACCUUCUUUUUUCUUCAUCAUGGCCACGGCAACGAGUGAUAUCGCUAAAUCUAUUGAUGAAUUGACCCACGCUAUUGCAGGCAUUGCUCACGUAGAACGUCCUUGUCUCGAAACUCGACUUAUUUUGCGCAAAAUGCACAAAGACAAGGAGCCGUUAACCAAAGAGUUGGCCGAGACCGAAGCGAAAGUAGCGGUUUGGAAGGCAGAGAUUAAGAAUCUCGAUUCGUGGAGUCUUCAGUGGUUUCUGUUGCUUAUUACGUGCGAAAUCCGAGCCGAAAGAGAUCGUGCUAGAAAAGGAUUGCAGAAAGCCGAGGAAUUGGUGUUGGAAGCGAGAGAUAAAGUGGAAAACAUGAACGAUCAAAUCAAAGACGUGGAAACACCCAACGAGAAGAAUGAAGUCGAUUAUAGAACACUUCAAAAAUACCGUGAAGAUUUGACGACGUUGUUGGACAAUCUUGCCAUUGAUGAAACCUUUUUGGAAAAUCGCAAACAAGAGAUUCAAACAAUCAAGGAUAGCUUAAAUCAGAUUAUUGAAGAUGACAAGACUUUGGAAAAGGUGCGUGAAUUAUUGAAAGCAGCCGAUUCAGCCAUUUUGGAGGCUAUCGUCGAACUGCGUCAGUCGAAUCAUGAAUCGAAUCUCGGUGAAGGAAGGGUCUAUUUUCCAGAGACCGCAUAUGAGGCGAUCAAAGAAGCACGCGAGUUGUAUCCCAAACUCCCUGCAAUCCAGCCUCCUGAAAAAUACGUCAAUGAAGCCGAUAACACGGGCGCCUAUUAUUCCCCUAUGCAGCGAUAUCUGUGGGAUAUCCGUCGAAAACUUGAUGAAUUGCUCGCUUGGUGUGAUCAUCAAGUCAUUCUGCAUAUGGAAGUGGAAAGCCGUGACACAAUUGUGCUAGGCGAGAAGACCGAUCAGUGGAAUAUGGAAAGACGACGUUUGGCUAAAGAGCAGUCCUUGAUGUAACGACCCCGUAACUCCGGCGCAUUCAAGGUUUUCGACUGGCAGAUAUAGCGUGGAUGGUAUUAAAGGUGCAUAGUUUUUCUUAUUUCUCUCACUCAACAGUUUCCUUAGUUUAUUUUUUAUUUUUGUAAAAUGAUAUUUUUAUAUUGUAUCCAUAGUUUAGUGUAAUGUCGCCUUAUUUUGUAUUUGUCGUUAAAACAUGAUAGUUCGUUCCCUUUUUGCGGUCUUUGUUUUUUCUUCUCUCGUCUCUGACGUCAGUGUGGAAGAUGAAUUUUUUUU